AGUACAUAAUUAUCUCCCUUAUACCGUUUAGCAUAUUAUGAAAAAAAACUUGUUGCUUCCCCUGUUUUGUAUUUUGCCAUGCCUGUUUACUAAAGUUGUUACAGUUAUUAAAAAGGUUAAUCUUCUACUAUUUGCCUCGUGUGGUUCCUUACUGGCGCUUAAUACAAAAAACGCCAUAAAUAGAUCGAUUUAGAGGCAGGUAGCUUUUACAGGUCAAUCCAAUUAAAUCAACAUUAUAAUUGCUACAACAUGCCUCCAAAAAGAAAAGCAGCAGAAGUCAGUAAAAGUCAACCGGCUAGUAAAAAGUCAAAAGUAACCACAAAGAAAAAGCAGGUAAAAGUUUCGAAGGCAAAAACCAAGGAUACAAAGAGUAUUAAAGGCAAGAAGAUAGGAAAGAAUAAUGCUAAGGGAGCAAAUAUUGGGAAAGGAAAGAAAGAAGUCAAACAAGUUAAAGCAGAACCACAAAAACUUUCUCAAGCCAAGCAUGUGAAGACUUCUACACUCUGUCUUAAGGAUCUUUUAAAAAAUGACGAAUGGAAAGCUGCGUUGUUUGAAGAAUUCAGUAAAGACUAUUUCAAAGAGAUUGAAAAAAAGUUAGCUGCAGAGUAUGCCGAUAAAAAACAGGUCUUUCCACCGCAAGAUCUCAUAUUCAAUGCAUUCCAUCUUACUCCCCUUGAUAAGGUGAAAGUUGUCAUUCUAGGUCAGGACCCUUACCAUGAUGACGGUCAGGCAAUGGGUAUGUCGUUCUCUGUCCCCCUUGGGGUGGCCCCACCCCCUUCACUGAAGAAUAUCUACACCGAACUUGAGCGGGACCCCGGCAUCUCAGGAUUCAAGCGCCCCAAUCAUGGGUGUCUGGAGGCCUGGGCUAAGGAGGGAAUUCUCAUGAUCAAUGCGACGCUCACUGUGGAAGCCCACAAGCCAAACUCCCACGCCAAGUUUGGAUGGCAGACUUUCACAGACCAUGUCAUCAAAACUGUGAGCGAGAAAUGCCCACACGUGGUCUUUAUUUUCUGGGGAAACUUCGCUCAUAAGAAAGCGAGUCUCGUUGAUUCAAAGAAACAUGAGGUGAUUAAAACAGCGCAUCCCUCACCUCUAUCCAUUAAGUACUUUAAGGAAUGUAAUUGUUUCUCAGAUUGCGAUAAGGCGCUGAAAAAGUUUGGUAUGAAACCUAUUAACUGGAGUCUGUAGUUCGCUGUUUUAAUGAUUCCAUGUACAUAGUCACACAUUAUGUUGAAGACCUUUUGAAAAAAUAAUAAAAAGAAAAUGUUGAAGACCUUGAACAAAAUAUCACAUCGAACUUUUCUUAGAUAUACAAAAAGAGGGUAGGUAGGUGUUUUUUCGAGAUGAGACUUAAUUAUAAGUCUAAGGUUAUAGGUCUGUUGUUUACUUUUAGAAGUCCGUAAAUUUAACAUAUGACCAAUCAAAAACCAACGCAAUGGGCAAAGCUAGACACUCCAGAUUUUCGCUAAUGUUGAUGUUUACACUUUUAACUGCGUAAUUCAAUAUAAAUAAACACUUAUUUAUCAAAGUGAUUGUAUCUUUUAGAAAUUGCACCAUUUGUAGAAUUUGUAAUCGGGGUAUAAACUUCGACUUAGUUGUUUAUACUAGGUCGUGUUAUAUAUGAGAAAUGACAGUGUGUUUGUCAUGGCUCUGAUUUUAUUUUUUUAGUCUCGUCUGUUUACAAAGAAUUUUUUAGACAUGCAUAUCCUUGGUACAUAUGUGGUCCAAGACAAAACACGCAUGUACAGAAAGGCCCAUAACCAUGGUUUUAAUAUGUGUAGAGUUUCUCCCCUUUUCACUGGACAAAAAAACAGGCAAACGUUCGUGUUCACUGAGUCUCUGAGUUGCUCUUGUUUCACAUACUCGUGAAGAUAUUUGCAAUACAUAUGGAAUAAUGAACACUCGCGUAGGUUUUUCACAGAGGAAAGGUUCAUGUACAUAAAAGGACAUGUCAGUGGGAACGAAGUGUCAUUUCUCAAAAAAUAUGUAUGGUGAUUUGCAUUUCAUUAGUUUUUGUAUGGAAAUACAUGCUUGCAUUUGUUUAAAAUGGCUAAGAGGAAUACAUUGUAUUUUUUUCGGAUUUUGAGCCAUGGACUCAUUGUCCGAAUCCAAAAGUUACUCUACAGAAUACUCGAUGGAGUCAUUAACAUGUUAUGAAAAGCCUGGGUACGUAAAUUAAAAGAAAUAAAGCAUGCUGUCUUUUAGAAUUCAAUAUUUACUUUGUUAGGAUUUCAUUGCUUAACUCAUGAGUCAAAAUAUCAUUCAUUUAUGUUUUAUAUUUAAUUAAUAAUCUGUUUUACGUAUUUUACUUACCUUUUAUUUUUGACACGUGUUUUAUUAGGUAUUUACACAUUGUUUUCACACUUCCAUAUUUUUUUAUACAACAUUCAUAUAUCUUAACCUAUAUAUUAUGAACACAUGAUAUAUCAAAACCAAAUCAC